AUGCCGGGCAUAUUCUCAUGGAAGAAUCGAAUUCUCGGCAGAAAAACACCGGAACCUGAAAGGGCAAAGCAUGUCACCCUCACAAGGGAACAGGCCGUUGACCGAGACCUUCACAACCACACGCCAAGACGGAGUGUGCGAUUCAACGAAGAUCGCAACGAAUUCAGCCAGUAUAAAGCGCCUGAGUGGCAAAACGACUAUGGAGAGGCUCGAGUGAUUGGAUCUGUCGGUCCAGCGAACGUCAACGGUUUGGAAAAAUGCGACCAAGCACCGGCAACCGACUGGCGAUACGCCGAUUCCUCGUACAGAGUGACGAUGGCCCCUUUGGCGUCAUCAGAAGUGGUCGACGAUGAGCCAAUGUUGCGAAGAUUUGCUUCUGGACCGGCUGGCUCCUCUUCUCGAGCCGGCUCUGUCCUUCAGCACCUUCGUGAACAGGGUGAUCAUCUUGAGAUGUCUGAGCCGAGGCGAUCAGCUUCCACCCUUCCUUCGGUGGGAUAUCGACCGACUACUCCAGUAAGGGGUCCACCACCACAACAGUACGGUGGAUCCCCCGCUACAGUACCACGAUGGGAUGCGAACAGAAGCGCCGAGCAUUUUCCCCAGCAGAACAGUGACAUGAUGUCGUCAGGUGGACGGCAACUUGAUCAGAUGAAUGUGGUUUUCCUACAGGCCAACGACGAAGUCAAACGUGCCAUUCUACCACCAGAGGUACACAGCCUUGAUCAGGUGAAGAUGGCGUUCGCGCGAGCUUUUCCGAACAUUUCGCGUCAUUAUAUUGAACAGCCAUCCGUCAAGAUCUACAUACAAGAACCAUCGAAGGGACAACUUGAUAUCCGAAACAAGUCAGUUCUGAAGCUUCGCGAUCAUUCGACCACAGGGAUGCAGUCGCCAGUUCGAUAUCUCGAACAACCAGACUACUUGUCGGAAACGGAGAACGAUGACAGCAGGCAGAGGUUCGUCUCCCUGGCUCGUCCAGCAUCGGCGAUGGCUCACACGGACUAUCGCAAGAGUUCGCGCAAGAGCUACGAGCCGUACGACGCAUACAGCAGUGACACGAGCAGUCAUGACUCACGAUCGGUGACAAGAAGCGGCUCAGCGACACCGGUGAUCGACCGGGAAUCGAGAGCUCGAAUGGAGACGAUGGAGCGUCAGUUGGCUGGCUUGUCGAGCCUCGUUCAUUCAGCGUUGGUGAGCAAAGGAAUGAGCGAAAGCAGCCGAAGGGACAUGGCCGAUCUUCGGAGAGAAAUUCUCGCACUUCAUCCCGAUGCCGAACGAGCUGCCUCAGAAGAACCACCUUCAUUACCGGAUAGUCUCUCAUCUCAUACCCAACAUCAACUUGAUCAUCUUCGUCAAAAGGUGCAGCAGGCCGGUACGGAUAUGAAGCAGCUAAGACGAAUAGCUCAGGUUAAUGCGCAGAAUGCUCGAAAAUACAUCAGUGAAGCCGCUGAAGAAAUAACCCGAUUGGUCUCUCAGAAGAUAAUGGUUCCCGCGACAAAUAUCUCGAAUGGCGAUGGCUCCCGUUCAGCACAAAAACAAGGCGAAAUCAAAGAGAGGAAAAACCAUGAAGAUCGAUUGAUUCGACUGCUUGAAGGCCUUACGUGA